AUGAAGGGUCAUGUGAAAGAUGUCAUACUUCACCGGUUCAAUAUGCCAAAGAAAAUGUUGUUGCGCCAUCUUCACCCUCUUGUUAUCUCCUUCAAAUUGGGAAUAUCUUUCUCCGCGACAAAAACCGCAAAUGAUUCCCAAUCUAAAACCUCAAAGAACGGAAGAACAUAG